AUGUCUCAAAUUAUUACGGAAACCCAGUCUUUGACAGUUAGUUCGACGACUAUCAGUCAUGCUUUAUCGGACGUUGUGAAAUCUGAGGAUUGGUCAGAUUUUGAAUUUAAGCCUAUUAGGGAGUCUACGGUCUCCCGUGCCAUGACUUCUCGUUACUUCAAAGACCUGGACAAGUAUGCUGUUUCCGAUGUCGUAAUUGUUGGUGCAGGUUCGUCUGGGUUAUCUGCGGCAUACGUUCUUGCCAAAAGCAGACCUGACUUGAGGAUUGCUAUAGUUGAAGCCAACGUAGCACCUGGUGGAGGUGCAUGGUUGGGUGGGCAGUUAUUCUCUGCUAUGAUUAUGAGGAAGCCUGCGCAUCUAUUUUUAAAUGAUCUGGGGAUUUCUUAUGAAGAUGAGGGGGACUACGUUGUUGUGAAGCAUGCAGCUCUUUUCACAUCAACGGUGCUAUCUAAGGUGUUGGAGUUUCCUAAUGUCAAGCUCUUCAAUGCUACUGCAGUGGAGGACUUGGUUACCAAGCCAGAUGCCAAUGGUGAGAUAACUAUUGCUGGCGUGGUUACAAACUGGACUUUGGUGACAAUGGCCCAUGAUUUACAGUCGUGCAUGGACCCUAAUGUGAUUGAGCUAGAGGGCUACAAGGAGGAUGGAACGAGAGAUUUAUCAAAGAAGCACGGUGUUGUGCUGUCAACAACAGGCCAUGACGGGCCCUUUGGUGCUUUCUGUGCUAAGAGACUUGCCGCUUUAGAUUCAAGGCAAAAGAUCAGCGGGAUGCAAACCUUAGACAUGAAUAGUGCAGAGGCAGGCGUGGUCAAACAGUCUGGGUCUACCGCUGGUGCCAGAUACAUGUACUUUGCUGGCAUGGAAACCGCAACUAAGAAGGGUGUCUCAAGAAUGGGACCUACUUUUGGAGCGAUGGCUGUUUCUGGCAUUAAAGCAGCGGAGGAAAUCUUGAGACAUUUUGCCGAAUGA